CCGGCGGCCCCACUCCAUCUUGCAGUGGAGCGUGACCGCACCCUGGGCCACCAGGAGCCCCACUGGAAGGAGUUCCGCUUCGACCUGACCCAGAUCCCAGAGGGCGAGGCAGUCACGGCCGCCGAGUUCCGGAUUUACAAGCUGGCCAGCGCCCACCUGCUCAACAGGACCCUGCACGUCAGCAUGUUCCAGGUGGUCAGGGAGCAGUCCAACAGGGAGUCUGACUUGUUCUUUUUGGAUCUUCAGACGCUCCGAGCUGGGGACGAGGGCUGGCUGGUGCUGGACGUGACAACGGCCAGUGACCGCUGGUUGUUGAGCCGGAACAAGGACCUGGGGCUCCGCCUCUAUGUGGAGACUGAAGACGAACCAACAUUUCAGUCACUAAGAGGGAGUCCGCAUUGUCCCUCCCCAAGAGCAGCUGUGUGGGGGGGGGCACAUUUCCGUACUGGGCAGGGCCAAGGGGAGAUGGGGAAGGCCACGUGUUCACGCCUCUGCCCCCGCCCCCGCCAGGUGCACCUGAUGAAGCCAGAUGCGGUCCCCAAGGCGUGCUGCGCCCCCACCAAGCUGAGCGCCACCUCCGUGCUCUACUACGACAGCAGCAACAACGUCAUCCUGCGCAAGCACCGCAACAUGGUGGUCAGGGCCUGCGGCUGCCACUGAGGCCCUGCCCCCGUCGCUGCUCCCCCGCCCCACCCCGGGUCAGGCCCCUCUCCAGAGGCAGGAAACCCUGCAAUGCCGGCAUUGCUCAGGUGGGGUGGCAGGGAGGGCCUGCCCCAGCCUGCCAGGGUCUCCCUGGCCCCUCCGCCCUUCCCCUGGGGGGUGGUAGACCGGCUGGCCCAACACACACGGACUGCACUGGGUUCCGUUCAGAAGUCCUGCCGUGGGACGUGUGCUUGGCCCCCUCCAGGCCAACGUGAGGGCCAUCUGGAGCGUGAGGCCGGCUGGCGGGGCUCCGAGCGGGGAGGAGGGGUCUUCCUCUUUCCAGGGCACGCACUCACCUUCGGGACCGUGUAUUCCUGGGCUCCGACCUUGGCCCACUAGCAGUUAGCACAUUAGAAACAGAACAAGCCGGAUGGGCCUCAUACCAAGACGGAAGCCGACAGGGAUGUUUUAUGGCAUGUGUCUUCCCCUCCUGGGGGAAGAGCUGCGACCACCCCACCCAGGAGCAGAUAACCUUGGGGGCGGCCAGUUCCCUCCAGCUUUUCCAUGUGAGGCUCCGCAGCACCUCGCCCACGGCCAACAUCAGUAAGCAGCCCAGGUGGAUUUUUCCACUGAACCCGGACAGGCCUCAGAACCCUCGGCACACGACUCCAGACCCCCAGCAGCAACCAUUUCACCCACAGACGGGGCCUGGGGCCAGGGUGGGAACUGUCCGAUAGAACCCAGGGCUUAAGGACAGGCUGUUCUCCAGUCUGCACCACUCUGUGUGCCCGGGAGUGAGACCUGUGAGCCCGAGACAAGGUCCCCGUCCCAGGGGAGUGACAGGCAGUAAUCAGGCCGGCCCUGGGUGGGAGGGUCCCGGAAACCGCCACAGGCCAUUGGAGCGUUUGAUUUCUGACUCACUAAGCCUGUAAGUUACCUGCUGGCACAGACGGAGUCCUGCUGCCCAAACCCUGAAAUACUGUGUCAUUCAAAGCAGCUUGGGGACCCCCCCCCGUGUGCCCCAGGAUGCGCCUCAGCAGUCACUCGGCACCCCGAGGAGGGGCCCCGGGACAGCAGGUGGGACAGCGGGUGUGGACGCUGGGGCCCUGCUGCAGGACAGCAGCGCCUCCGCAGGGACCGGGAAGGGACUCUGGAGAGAGCGCAGAGGGAGAGACCCUCCCCAGGUACACGGAGGGUGUGCGCAGACUGUCUGCAAGGUGGAGAGUUCCCUAGUAGCCGGGGGCUUUGACCUCAGGCUGGCAGGGAUUGGAGCACAAAGUGGCUGGAGUGUCAGGAGACCUGUAUUCUGGUUCCAACUCAGCCAUUGACCUGUUUGCUGUCUGGACAAGGCCCCUUCCUGAUUGAAGCUUCAGUGAUGUGGGGACAUUCCUCCCUCGGCCUGAAACCCUGACCCUCCCCUCUCUGCCACAGCCCAGACACAGCCUGAGCCCAGCUGCCGCAGGACACGAAACCUGCCAUCUGGGGACCUUAGUUAAUGGCUUUGUCCUCCCAACAUCACGGGUAGUGGAGGUUUGGAAACUUUGGACAAAUGUCAGUAUUAUAAGUUUGUAAAAUGUUUUAAAGGUGCAGACUGCCUUGCCCAUUGGGUGUGCCGAACAGGUACAUAUCGUGAUCUGAAUCCCUUUCUGUGCAAUCAAGUCGAAAGUAGAGUGGUCACGGCCUUUCUGACAGACUUCUAGAACCUCCAGCCAUCCAGGCAGCCACCAAAUGGAAACCAAACAGAAAAGGCCUUGGAGAAAAACGAUGGAUGCAAAGUCAAUGAAGGGGCAGCCAUCUUGUUUACAUGGUUGCCCCGGCAGCCCAGGCUCCCUUCAAGGCUGCACAUUAGAAGCCUAAGUAAGGGUGGUCAGCUCGGGCCCGCUGACAGCAAAGGAAAUGCUGCCAGGAAGAGAGGCCACGGAGGAACAGCCAAGUUUGGGGCCCUUAGCGUGGGGGGGCUGCUCUGUGUGCCGCAUCUCCACCGUCCCGGCACAGCCCUGGCCCGACGCCAGCCCAUCAGGCAAAGCCCCAUUCUUGUGUCUCUCUGUAGGGACGUAGGUAACAUGCUUCAAGAAGUGCCCAGAAAGGCACAGGAAAGGGGGCUGUGAAUAGGACAGGGUGGGUUUUGGAGCCAGGAGACCUGGCGUGGAAUCCUGGCUCUGCCUCUUGUUAAACUGACCACAUUUUGUCACAUCUGAGUGAGAGGUUUUCUUCCUCUGAAUGGGGUAUUGGUUCUGUCCUUGCAAGGCCAUCGUGGGAUCAGGUGCGUCCUCGAAAG